ACGCAUUGUGCGGACCGCAAGAACCCGAAAAUUGAUGGAUUUCGGAGAUAAGUACGUCGAGAUACCCGUCGAGGUCGUAAGCAAUACUGCACCAGCUACCUCACGCACCCCAGCGAUUUUUGCCAUCAUGUCUUCGCCACCUCAACCUCCCCCAAAUCCACUCCACUGGAAGUUUGAUGUUGAUGAAUACCUGUCUCAAAACAAAGUAUGCUGCGACAAAGCAGUAUCUCUGGAUACCGGCACAUCGUGCCUCAUCUUGCGACUUGAUGGGCUCAAAGACACAGAAGCCUCGGCCAACGGCCAUCAUGAGGGUCAACCAGCCAUUAUGAAAUGUGCCUUUAGCACACCCAAAUAUCAGAAAUUUGCCGUCUCGCCAGAAAGACUACAAUUCGAGGUCAAGGCACUCAAGUCCGAAGCUGUUGCAGAGGCAUGCCGUCAGGAACCUAGUGUUCAGGUCCCCCGUGUGCUAAGGGAGACAAAGAACGGCUUCAUUAUGAACCAUGUCGGUGAGAUGGAUUUGCGUACGGCCUUCAAAACGGAUGCUUCACUGGAUAUGGUGAAAAUCGGUGUCCGUCUGGGCCGAUGGCUCGGCAGUUUGCAUCUUGCAGGCAUUGCUCUUGGCCCCGAUGGAUGGAGCUCUCGCCACGAUGAGCUGGACAAGUUUUACGCACCUGGAGGCCUUGCUGAAAAGGCCAUAAAAGCUUCCAUGAGCGAGGAAGAGUCGGAAAAGGUCCUCGCAGCUAUGCGAGCGCCAACUCCCACUCAUACAUUGACGCCUUGGGACUUUCGACCGAUGAACAUCGUGGUUCGUCUGCCGACGGCAGGUGAAGCGCCCCCGAAUCUCACAGUUGUUGACUGGGAGCUUUGCCAUUACGGAGAUCCUUCAAACGACAUUCGAAUGUGGGUUGCCGAAACCAUGAUACUGGAGGCAAAGUUUGGGAACAGGGGUCUGCUUUCGUCCUUCUUAUCCUCCUACAAGCAACAGGCUGGAACUACUCUUGUAAACGAAGAAUUUGUAUCCAAAGUAGCUUUGAGUGCUGGGAUCUAUAUGCUCUGGCUUAUUCCUAUCAACCCAAGGGUAUGGGACUGCAGCGAAGAAGACAUCGAGAUGUGGAAGGCCAUCAGCCUCGAGUACAUUCGGGCUGGAACCAAUGGCAACAUCGCAUGGUUAAAAAUGAGCUGUUUGGCUCCUCUCUUGGAAUAGCUAGUGAUUCGAUGCGCAAUUAGCCUGGAUGUUGCCACUACUUUUAAAUGAUACUGUUGAUGUUAUAGCAUUGUGCCUGGUUUAGCAAACACUCUCGAAAAGCAAAAUUUAAAUGGUAAUCAAAACUUCGAGUGCG